AUGGCGCGGCCGCAAGGCCUGGGCCGCAUCCCCGAGCUGCAGCUGGCGGCCUUCCCGGCGGUGGCGGCGGCCGAGGACGAGGCGUUCCUGCCUGAGCCCCCGGCCCCGCGCGCACCCCGCCGCCCGCGUUCGCCGCCCUCGUCGCCCGUCUUCUUUGCCAACCCGUCCCCAACUUUCCGCCGGCGUCUUCGGCUUCUCCGCAGCCAUCAGGAUUUUGGCCGCCAGGCGUGGGCUGGGUUUGCCGUUGUGUUCCUGCAAAUGAUGUGUGUGGUUGUGGGUAUGAUGCGAGCAUUUGCUUAUGGGUUUCUCAGGAUGCCCUUGGUGGAUUUCUUCUGUGAGACCUGCUCCAAGCCGUGGCUGGUGGGCUGGUGGGACCAGUUCAAGAGGAUGUUAAACCGUGAACUCACACACCUGUCAGAGAUGAGCAGGUCAGGAAACCAGGUCUCUGAGUACAUCUCCACCACAUUCCUGGACAAGCAGAAUGAAGUGGAGAUUCCAUCACCCACGAUGAAGGAUCGAGAAAAACAGCCAGCUCCCCGCCAGAGACCUUCCCAGCAGCCCCCGCCCCCUGGGCCGCAAUUCCAGCCCAUGUCUCAGAUCACGGGGGUGAAGAAGCUGAUGCAUAGUAGCAGCCUGAGUGACUCUAGCAUCCCCCGCUUUGGGGUGAAGACCAACCAAGAAGAGCUCCUGGCCCAAGAACUGGAGAACCUGAACAAGUGGGGUCUGAACAUCUUCUGCGUAUCCGAAUACGCCGGAGGCCGUUCCCUCAGCUGCAUCAUGUACACGAUAUUUCAGGAGCGUGACCUGCUGAAGAAAUUCCGCAUCCCAGUGGACACCAUGGUGACAUAUAUGCUGACCCUGGAGGACCACUACCACCCCGAUGUGGCCUACCACAACAGCCUUCACGCGGCCGAUGUGCUGCAGUCCACCCACGUGCUGCUGGCCACACCCGCGCUAGAUGCUGUGUUCACGGACCUGGAGAUUCUUGCCGCCCUCUUCGCGGCCGCUAUUCAUGACGUAGACCACCCUGGGGUCUCCAACCAGUUCCUCAUCAACACUAAUUCGGAGCUGGCGCUCAUGUACAACGAUGAGUCGGUGCUGGAGAACCACCACCUGGCCGUGGGCUUCAAGCUGCUGCAGGAAGACAACUGCGAUAUCUUCCAGAACCUCAGCAAGCGCCAGCGGCAGAGCCUGCGCAAGAUGGUCAUCGACAUGGUCCUUCGGAACAUGGUGCACUGUGCAGACCUCAGCAACCCCACCAAGCCACUUGAGUUGUACCGCCAGUGGACCGACCGCAUUAUGGCCGAGUUCUUCCAGCAGGGGGACCGUGAACGUGAGCGGGGCAUGGAGAUCAGCCCCAUGUGCGACAAGCACACAGCCUCGGUGGAGAAGUCUCAGAUCUAG